ACCAGUUGAGUGAGGUUUUCUGUUUGUGUCACAGGAUUGGAUAUUCUGCGGGUAAUAAAUGAGCCAACUGCAGCAGCCAUGGCCUAUGGGCUCCAUAAGGUGGACGUUUUCAACGUACUGGUGGUGGACCUGGGGGGUGGCACCUUGGACGUAUCUCUGCUAAACAAACAGGGCGGGAUGUUCCUGACCAGAGCAAUGGCAGGUAAUAACCAGUUGGGUGGCCAGGAUUUCAAUCAGAGGUUGCUGCAGUUCCUGUUUAACCGGAUCCACCAGCAAUACGGUGCUGUGCCCACCGACAAGCAGGAUGUGCACCACCUGCGCCAGGCUGUCGAAGCAGCCAAACUAAACCUGACCCUUUACGACUCGGUGCUGAUCCGGGUACCACUGUCCCUGCCAGGCUCCAGUGAAGGAGGAGAGGAGCACGGCGGCACCAGCAGUAAAGUUUUGUUUGAAGAAACGGUGACCAGGGAUCUGUUUGAGGCACUGAACCAGGACCUGUUCGAGAAGAUCCUGGCCCCGGUGGAGGAAGUGCUGUCUCGUGGUCACUUGGGCCGACACGAGGUGGACGAGAUCGUCCUCGUUGGGGGCUCCACCCGUAUCCCGCGGAUACGCCAGGUCAUCCAGGAGUUCUUCGGCAAGGAGCCAAACACUUCGGUGGACCCCGACCUGGCGGUGGUGAUAGGUGUUGCCUUACAGGCAGGGAUCAUGGGUGGCUCUUGGCCAUUGCAGGUCAGCGCCCUGGAGAUACCCAACAGGCAUUUACAGAAAGUGAACUUCAACUAAACGGAUUCCUUUUUUUUCCCACUUCCCCCGUCAACGUUAGUCAUUAUGGAUUGGAAGGCAACCUUUUCUUUUUCUGUGUGUGUCUCUCUCUCUCUGGAUUGGAUGGGGAUGAGUGAACAGUUAGUCUUAACACAAUUACCCCUCUCUGCAGAAAACAAACCUUCCCAAGCUUCUGUGAAAUCAUUCCGCAAAGGCGAUUGCUGUAAAUUUUGAGAGUUUUGCUUUUUCAGCAUUUUGGAGUUCCACAUUCCUUUUCUUAAAAAAAAAAGCACUUCAUGAAUGAAGUGGAUCUUAUUAAUACUAGGACAGCAUUGCACCCAAUAUUAAGCUGGUUACCAGAUGUUGCUGCCUGUUGAAGUCCUUGCAGUCUUCAGUGAUUUGCACUUUUUUUUUGUUCCCUUUCACGCCUCACUGAUGACUUCCUGUAUCAAACUGACUUGUUCUAUUCCGUGGGAAUUCACCCGAUCCAGGGAGGCUCCUGGGUUUCUGCCAUGACCCACACUGUUCCUGCUCUGAACCAGUCUGGGCUUCCGUGUGGAAUUAGGUUUGAUCAUCACAGGGGGCUGGAGAAGGUUGGCUGUGUUCCUGCUCUGUAUGUCCCCCUGCACCUGACACUGGACACAAGGUGGGGGACAGCACUGACCUUGACCUGCCAACAGGUGUCUUAAACUGGCUCUGAAAGAGCAAGCUACCUUCAGAGGGGUACGGAAGCAGGAAGGUGCUUCAGAAUUGGAUAUGCAUUCAGGAGAGGGCAAUGUUUGUAAUAAAAGAUGGCGGAUAUUAAAAAGAAUGUUCUGUAAGUAGGUUGACGGUAAGUCAAAUAAUGAAGGAACUGAAGGGAAGUUUUGAGAGGGUCAAAAAGAUCAUCUUCCAAGGAUUCACCCAAUAGGCAGGCAAACGAUCAGUGAUUCUGCCUGAGGGAAGGUUUGUUUAUUUAAAAAUAAUUUUUAUACCUCUGUUGUUCUACUUAUUUAAACAGUGCCAUAAUCAAAAAAUGUGAAGGUAGAUUGAUUUUAUUAAAUAUAUAUUUAUACAUAUAUAUUUUUUAAAAAUUUGUACAUAAAGCAAAUUGUCUUUAUGAACCAAACCUGAAAUGAAGACCACUUUUGUCUUUGGUGCAGAUCUGCAUGAGAAAGAUCAUUGCAUUGGGUAUGCAUUUAACAAAGUAUCCCCUGUGUUCUGCUCUGGGAUGGUCAAUCUAGGGCAGCCAUGCUCAGAUAUUUUGUUUUAAUUUAUUCUUGGAAUGUGGCUGUUACUGGGAGCAUCAGUAUUUAUUGUCCGUCCCUAAUUGCCCUUGGGAUGGUGAGCUGACUGUAUGAGCUGUUGCAGUCCUUGUGAAUAGGUAUAUACACAGUGCUCUUUGGGUAGGAAUUCUAAAUAAUUUUGACCUGGUGACAGUGAUGAAAUAAUGAUAUGUUUCCAACUUUUGAUGAUGUGUCUGUUGAGGAAGAUAACUUGCAUGUGGUGUUGUUCCAGUGUGCCUCAGCAAGUUGGUAAAGUGCACUUUGUAGAUGAUGGUGGAGAGAGUAGUUAUCUUGAGUGGUAUAUAGGCUGCUAAUCAAUGGAACUCUUGAGUGGUAACAAAUUCCACGUUCUUGUCAUUAUUCUGUAGGAAGUUUCCUCCCAAAUCCCCUCAUUGUGUGUUACUGUUGAAGGGGAUCUUGCACUGUCACAGUGUUAGCCACCUCCAUAAAGGCCACCUUGUGGAGUCAUAUUGGUUUUCAUAGAAUUGUGCAGCAGAGAAUGAGGCCAUUCAGCCCUUCAAGCCUGUGUUAGCUCUGCGAAAGAACGAUUUAAUUGGUUACCUGGAUGGUAUCUAGCUACUUGAAUACACUUUCGACAAGUGGAGAUUAUCACAUUCCCUGAUCUGCUUUGUUGACAUCACCUAGCCAAUAGGAGCACAGCUUUCAUUGAUCCAGGAUGUCGGUGGGGUUACUGUGUCACAGCCAGACUUCGCCAUUCAGAAGCAUCCUCUGCAGGUAGGGGCCAAACAGGAGAGAAAAGGCUUGAAUCAGAAGUUACACUGAUUAGCAGCCGAUAUACCAUGCAGGAUAACUGCUCCCUCCUCCACCAUCUACAAAGUGCACUUUACCAAAGGGUUAUACUUUGUAAAAUUAUUUUACAAAAUGAAGAAAAUAUUCCUUGUUUGUUAAAUAAUUGCAAAUAACGUGAUGAAAAAUCACUGUUUAAAAAGGUCAUUCGCGCAAUGUGGGCAUCACUGGCUGGGCCCAGUAUUUAUAACCCGUCCCUAGUUGCCCCCUUGAGAAGAUGGGGGUGAGCUGCCUUCUUGAACUGCUGCAGUCCAUGUUUGUAAGUGCUGUUAGGAAGGGAGUUGCAGAAUUUUGAAGCAAUACAGUGAAGUAAUGGCGAUUAUAGUUUCAAAUUGGAAUGGUGUGGGUGUUCCCAUUGCAUCUUCUGCCCUCUCUCUAGAUGAGAGAGGUGCGAGGAUUUAAAGCACCUGCCUGUGUGUAUACAGCCCACAAUAUUGCAGUCCACUUCUGAGGCAAACAGUACAAGACCAACUCGAAAUGCAGUUACUGAUCACCACACAGCAUUUGUUGGGGACACUACUUGCGCACUGGUCUCUGGGUAAUAAUCUUUCGCAGCCCCAGUGUGAUCCCUGCCUGUCCUCACUGCCACUUGUCCAUGGCUGUCAGCGCUUGGAGAAUUACGGAACAGCAGGCAUCAGGAGGGGACAUACACAGAAAUGAAGGAAGGGGAGAAACUCCCACAGCCCCAUUGAAAGGGUUGUGCACCAUUGCUGCAACUGGUCUUUGUGAUCGCUGAAUCCCAGGCUACACCCGGGCCAUGACAUCUUGAUAUAUGACAUGACACAUGACACUCAUUGUCCAACUUGAUGCCACACAACACAACAUGGUUAUAGCAAUAACAGGAGGUCAGAGCUGUAUCUUUUUGUAAUUGAUAAAUGAUUCUUCAAAAAUUUGAACAAUGCUAUGGGUGACAGAUGUUUUGGGGCUUUUAUUGUUCAGGGUUUAUUUGGUUGCUUCACUUUAAGCAAUUUAAUGUAAUCAUUUUAAAAUGUUCCACAGCUGCAAAUGGAUGAGGAUAAAUUUCAGUCUCGUUUCAGUGCCAGUCUCCACAGGGAACCGCAUUCCCUCCCUUGACCUCCAAGAGUCGGCCCUGUAUCCAUCGCAUUUUCACUGUAACUGAGCCCAGGAAGUGGCCACAUGACCAAUCAGUCUGUGCCAGUGUCUACCUUUCAGUCAAGCUUCUCCUUCCAUGCCAGUUACUUCGGGGGUGGCGGGGGGGGAAGGGGCUAUCAAUAUUGCCUUAUUCGCCUCGAGUGGUAAUGAAUUCCACAUUCUUGCUAUUCUGCUGUAGGAAGUUUUCUUCCGAACCCCCUCAUUUGUGUGUGGUAUUGUUGAAGGGGAUCUAGCACUAUCACAGUGUUAGCCACCCCCAUAAAAGCCCCCUUAUGGAGUCGUAUUGUUUUUCAUAGAAUUGCGCAGCAGCGAAUGAGGCCAUUCAGCCCUUCAAGCCCAUGUCAGCUCUGUGAAAGAGCUAUUCUGUUAGUUGCACAUCUCUCCUCCUAGCCCUCCUUGCCUUCUAGUGUUUAUCCAAUUUCCUCUUUUGAAAGUUUCUCUUGAAUCCACUUCCACCGUUCUUUCCAGACGGCUGACUUCAAUUCCUCACUGGUUCAAAACCCUCCUUCAUGCUGCAGAAUUCUAGUUCACAAUUCAGGUUAUGAAAAAUUUUAACUUGUCAUUCACUGUCAUUGAUUUUAUCUUUCUCCCACUCCCUGCCUUGCCUUUCCUCAUUCUCCUCACUAGCUGUUGUGUCAAUGACAUCAACGUGGUCCUAGGUCUAGGGAAGCAGUGUUUUUUUUUAAUUUAAAAAAAAAUUCCUUAAUCUCCCUUUCAUAAAUACAGUCCAUCGAGUGGUCUCACCCCGUGGGAAGGAUUGAGACUCCCUGUCAACAUUGCCCCCUCCCCCAGCUGAUUGUAAAUCGAGUGUCCUGAGUCCUACUGGUGGCUCAGCUGGUGUGUCUCCAUCCUGUGGAUGUGUUGCUGUUUGGCUGCACAGUUUGGGAAUUCGCGUUAACCUGGUAUGUUCAAGCACCAUUCCCCCUGCCACCCAAUUCUCCGCAGAUAGAAUUUCUGCUGAUCUUCUGCCAAAGUACGGCAGCUGUCCCACCAUCUCCACCACCACCACUUCAAGGCAUCUGUGACAUUGAAGUUAGUUACAAGGAACCAAGCACCUGGAAACUGAUUUGAUCACGAACUGAGGUUCCUCCAAUUGUCUGGAACAUGUUAUACAGUAUCUGUAUGAGAAAGUACUGUAAGGUUUAAUUUAUUGUACUUUAUAUGACUACUAGUAUUGCCUUUGUACAUUACUACAGCCAUGACUGGAGAAUAAAUUAAAAUGUGCCUCUGUCAGAACUGA